GCGACAGCACGUGGGACCACCCCUGCGACGCGAAGUACCGCGCGCUGGUGGCCGAGGAGCGCGCGAAGGCCGUCCCUGGCCUGCAGCCGCCGGGCGCCGCGGGCGCGCCGCGCGGGGCAGCAGCCUGCGACGAGGAGGCCGAGGAGGUGGGCACGGGGCCCGACCUGGAGAGGAUCCAGCGAGUGGCCAAGGCCGUCAGGGCCGCGGAUGCGGCCGCCAAGGGGAAGGCCGCCGCGGGGGCCGCGCGGCAGGCGGAUGAGCCGCUCGAGGGCAGCUGCAGCGCCAGCGCGUCCAGGGAGAGCGUGGACCGGUCGACGGAGGCGCCCCGCGCGGCCGAGGGCCUCCCUGGCGCCGCCGGCGACGCCGCGGCGGGCGGUGCCGCCCUCGCCCCGG